AUGGCAAUUAAUUCUAGUAACAAGAAACUCAUAAUAUGGUCAUCAACUGUACUUAUUUUAUUAUGGUGUAUUAAAACCAAUCGAAUAUCCAUUAUAAUUUCCCUCAUCUUUGGUAUUUUAAUCGCUUUAUUAUCAACAAUUUAUUAUCUGAUUAAACUACGACAAUUCAAACCACAACAAAAGAACAACAACAACAACAAGAGGAAGAAGAAAAGAUUUGAAUUCACAUAUCCUGAUAAUUGGAAAAAUGAAAUUAUUCAAUUACAAAAUGAUAAUUUUAAAUUAAAACAACCUAUUUUCCCAGACUCAUUUUUAAUAUCUGAAGUUUUACAAGAAUUGAUUGAUUUGAUAAUUGGUGAAUUUAUUACUCCUUGGUACUUUCAAUUAACUAAAUCUACAUUAUUCACCGAUGAUAUAUCAUUAGAAAUUAAAGAAGUUAUUAAGAAUUUUCAUGGAAGAUUGAUUAAUGUUGAUUUUGCACAAUUAUUGGUUGUAAAUAUCCUACCUAUAAUUCAAGAUCAUUUCAUGAGUUUUUUACAAGCUGAAGAAAUUGUUAAAAAUCAAGGAAAAUUUACAAAAUUUGAUUCAAAUGAAUAUCAUUUAGCAAUUGCAUCACUGUAUAAAAGAGGGAAAUUACAUCGUGGAGUAACAACUAAUAAUCUGUUGACUAAUAAUGAUGAAUCAAAUCCUAAAGAAAAGAUAUAUCUUCGCAAGAAAGUUAAAGCAUUAUUACCUUUUGUUUUGUCAGAUAAUGAAAAGGAUAAUGAAAUUGUCAUUGGAUUUGUCACUGAGUUAAUUGCAUGUACUGUAUUAUGCAAUGUUUUCAAUUUGUUAACCGAGAGUGAUUUCUAUAACUUAAUGAUUGUUAAAUUGAUUGGUGAUAAUUUAAGAAGACGUGAUCAAGUUAAGCAGUUAAGGGCUGCUUUGGAAUUGCAUACUCAGAAUAAGUCUAAAAAUAAAGAUGAACUGAAUGGUCCAUCAUUGAAACCACCAGUCUCACAAACAGCAUCAGACUUAAGUUUACAAUUUCAAUUAAAGGAGAAAAUUAACCAAAAGAAACAAGAACGGGAAAAUGACCAUAGUUUAAAACUUAAUGAUAUUUUAUUUGAUAAGGAUAAUUCAAGAAUUUUCAGAGAAUUUAUGGAGCAUGAAGGUAAAUCUAAACUUCUUGAAUUUUGGGAAGAGGUGGAACUUAUCAAAGCUCCAUUAGAAGGAGUUGGUGGUGAGGAUGAUCCUUUGGCUUUGUCUCUUGAAUUUGGGAAUAGUGAUGAUGUAUAUCAGAUAUAUACAAAAUUCAUCAUCAAUGGAGACAUCCCAACUUCAGAUAUUGGUAUGUUUGAUAAAUUGGUUAAUCCAACGGAUGAAAAAAAUGAAUCUAAAAUGAAAGUAUAUCAUGAAUGUAGAGUGGCAUUGUUCAAGAUUCAAAAUGAAAUUUUCGAACAAAUGGAAACGGAGGAUUUGCCAUUGUUUAGAGAUUCUGAAUUGUAUCAUGAUCUCGUUAAUCAAACAAAACCAUCUGAGGUGAAUCCAGAGGUUAUACAUGCAGUCGAAAGUGCAUUUACUCAGAUUAUGAAAAAUCCUGAAAAUUUAGAAACACAAUUUAAUGAGACGGAUGAUCAAAUAUUAACUACUAUUCAAUUAAAGAAAGAAUUAUUUGGAGAUAUAGCUAAUUAUGGGUCAGAUGAGAAUUUGAGUAAUAGAAACUCAAGAUUAUUUGAUGAUGAUUUAUCUGACGAGGAAGUUUCUGAAACAGAUAGUGAUUCAGUCAAUUCAGAAAGACCCAAUUUAUCCAAUAGUGAUCUGGAAGUGCAAUUUGCUGCUCCUGGAAAUUUAAAUUUAGCUGAAGAGAUUCCAAAAUUAACUCAAGAAGUUGAAAACUUACAACGACAAAUUACAGUAUUGGAUCCAUUAAUUAAGAAAGCUGAAUUAACAAAUAAUGUAUCUGAAUUGAAAGUUUUACAAAAAUUAAAAACUGGGAUGAUUCGUGAUAUAAAUUUUAUGGAAUUACAAAAACAGCAAUAUAUUGUACAAGAAAAUGAUAAUAGUUUAUAUGGGAAAUCAAGAGUUUGUAUUCAAUCGUAUAUUCGAGAUGCAGAAAAGAAUGGCAAAGAAUUCACGUUGUAUAUAAUUGAAGUUCAGAAAUUUUCCAGUGAAGAUCCUAAUGAAAUCAAAGCUGGUUGGGUUGUUGCUAGAAGAUUUAGUCAAUUUUAUCGAUUGCAUGAAUAUUUAAAAUCAAGAUAUUCAAAAGUUGGACAAUUGAAAUUUCCUAAAAAAACAAUCCAAGUGUUGAAAUUCCAACAGAAACAAAUUGUUGAAAUUAGACAAAUUCAAUUGGAGGAAUAUUUGCAGCAAUUGAUUAAGAUACACGAGGUUUGUUCAGAUAAAGCAUUUAGAUCGUUUUUAUCAUCUGAGAAUUUUAAUCUUAAAAAGAAUCAAAGAUUUGAAGAACCUACUAGGAAUGAGAAUAGUAAUAAUUAUCAGGAAUUAUUUGGUAAUAAAUGGUAUAGAGGUAUAUCCGAUUUUGUUGCCACACCUAAAUCACCACAUGAAGUUAAAGAAGGUCAAUCAGGAAUUGAUUCUGGAUUAAUGGAAAACAUCAAAGAUAUGGAGAAAGAAUUGAAACAAUUUGAUGAGGAAUCAAGCCAAACUUCAAAGAUGCCAUUUGUCAAACCAAUUUGUGAUUUAUUAAUCACAGUAUUUAAGCUUCAUAAUUCUAAAAAUUGGCUUAGAGGAAGAGCAUUAGUUGUUAUUUUACAACAAAUCUUGGGUACUACUGUUGAAAAAAAAGUAUAUGAUUUAGUUGAAGGUCAAUUAAAAUCAGAAGAGACUAUAUUAGAUUUAAUUACAUUAUUAAAAGAUAUUCUUUUCCCAAAUGGUAAAUUUAAAGAUCCUCCAAUAUUAAGAUCAUUAUAUCAACAAUCAAAUACAAGACAAGAAGCUAAAACUUUACUUGAAUUUUUCAUAUUUGAAACUUGUUCAAGAAUAUUUGGAAGUCAUAAUAGUAUCUUUGCGGCUAAUGAAUUUUUCAAAAUGAUUCAAAAUGAAUAUUUAAAUAGACAUUUGAUCUUUGAAAUAUUUGAUGAAAUCAUGAAACAAAUUUUCCCAAAAAUAGAUUAA